AAACUGCUAACCAAACUGUAUAAACUACAUACAUGUUAAGACUACAAAGUGACGUCAUAUGUGCGACCGCUGUAUCAGAAGGACCUCUUGACGAUGCACGCUGGUUUGUCUGUGAGAAAUGUUGGACCGAUAACAUCAUAUGUGUCAUCCUUAACUCGUUUUGAAGCUACAAGGCAGUUGGUAAACAAAGUUUUGUGUGUUCUUCCCAGUUCUGUCAAAUAUAACUUCCAGAACAGAGCUAUUUUCAGUCGUAAUAGCCAUUCAGGUGACAAGUUGUUAGCCGGAGACUCCCCACAGAAGACACGGCUGGGCGCCAAAGUUAGUCUGUGUCGUUUCUGCAUUUUUACACGUUAUAACGUCACAGUUUCCAUGGAGCUGGUGGAAGAAAGCAAGACGGCACCGACAGAGGGAACCACGGCGGACGAGGCCAACGUAACCGGCAAACGUAAAAGCGACGCGCUAUCGGAAGCGAGUGGCUGGGUAAAGAAGCGAAGGGGAGCCGGGGGUAAGAAGCUCAAGCCCGGCGAGAGAUACGUGCCUCCUCCGCAGAAGCGUAACCCGGGUGUCAGUUUCAGUCAGGCACAUUUCGACGAGACCUCGUACUACUUUGAGGAUGGUCUUCGUAAAGUGCAUCCGUAUUUCUUUGACUUCAAGACCUACUGCAAAGGUCGCUGGAUAGGGAAGAGCCUUUUGGAAGUGUUCGAGAGUGAGUUCCGAGCUGAGUCCAUUGAAUAUUACCAAAGGGCUGCUAGAGAGGGUCGCAUCCGCCUGAAUGAAACUCCUGUGGAGGAUCUCUCAGUGGUCCUCAAGAAUAAUGACCACAUGAGGAAUACCGUGCACCGCCACGAGCCCCCCGUGGUUGGGAAGCCUCUGGAGGUUUUGGUGGACGACGGUGAAGUCCUCGUCGUCGACAAGCCCGCCUCCAUCCCCGUCCAUCCCUGCGGCCGCUUCCGACACAACACGGUGAUUUUCAUCUUGGGUAAAGAGCGGGGCGUCUCUGAGCUGCACACAGUCCACAGACUGGACCGACUCACCUCAGGGGUGCUGCUCUUUGCCAGGACACUAGAGGUGUCAAAGAAACUGGACCAGCUGGUGAGAGACAGAAAACUUGAAAAGGAGUAUGUUUGCCGAGUCGAAGGGGAGUUUCCAGAAGGUGAGGUGAUCUGCGAGGAGCCCAUCCUGGUUGUGUCCUUUAAAAUCGGACUGUGCCGCGUUGACCCUAAGGGAAAAGAGUGUCGUACAGUGUUCCAAAGGCUUAGCUUUAACGGGAAGACCAGUGUCGUGCGCUGUUUACCCCUUACGGGCCGCACCCAUCAGAUUCGGGUGCACCUUCAGUACCUGGGUUUCCCUAUCCUCAAUGAUCCCAUCUAUGGUUCCUCUGCCUGGGGUCCUCACAGGGGGAAAGGUGGGCUGGUGGGAAAGAGCGACGAGGAGAUUCUGGAGGCUCUGGUAAAGGAACAUCAGCGCCAGGAAAGCCUGCACCUGCUGGAUUUAUCUGACAAUGGGAGCAUUUUAUCAAAAGAGAGGCGUUUGGACAAGAAAUUGGGUGAUGGGUCAUGUGGAACUGAGAAAAGUGGAGAAGCUCACCAGAUGCAUUGUGGGGAAGUUAUGCCACAGUCCAUCUUGACAGAGGCAGAACAGAGCACCGUUAGUGGUGACAAAACCUCAAUCCAACAAGCUCAAGACCAAUCGAAUGGAAGCCAAACGACCACCAGAGACCACCUCUGUAGUGAGUGCAAACUAGUGCGAGCUGACCCCACCGAGAAGGAGCUCAUCAUGUACCUGCACGCUUUGCGCUACAAAGGACCAGACUUUGAAUAUUCAACACAGUUACCUGACUGGGCCCAAGAGGACUGGGUGGAUGUGGACUGAUGCUAAACCACCACCCGUCUGAAAACCGCUUUCCACAUUGGCUCCAAGGUGGAUUCUGCUGUGACGCUUUGAUACAUUCAGUUUUUCCAGGAAAGAUGGGUUUCUGUGAACGUAUCAUUGCUGUCUGAUGGUAACCACGUCUCUGACUUGCAUUUUAUUUUGAGGAGAAAUACAAUCUUUUACUGUUAAAUAUAAAAAAAAAAAAACAUUGUUUUUUUUUAGGACACAUCUAUGUUUAGGGUCGGGCAUCGUUUGAAUUUGAUUGAUUCCUCUUUUUGAUUCCGCUUCCUAACAAUUCUCAAUUCUGUUUGUCUGAAUUUUUUUUAAUUACAUGAACUUUUUAUGAAUUACUUCACUAUGAAUCUCUCACAGGCUAUUUUCAACCUGUGUAUAAAUAUCAAACCAUUAAAUGUUUUCAAGUAUCUUUACCUAUGAGUGCACGUUCACAAAUGAUUUUUAUUUGUGAAAACCUCAUGAAAACAGAGCUGGAUAUUUGAGUUGCCCACCGUAUUCGCAGGGUAAAGUCUAAAAAUGUUUGCUGCUUCAAUGUUGUCAUAAGAUAGACGGAAUUUAUUGUUUGACUUACUUGGCCUGUUGGAAGAAGUCCGGCGUAGUGCGUCAAAACUGGGAACUCUGUACACCUUGAGUCCACUUUUUCGUAAUAUGAUGGCCUUGUAAAUGUUGCACUGCGCCGACCCAUUUUUCUUGCAGCCAAACUUUCGAGCGCCGUCACACACCGUCCCUGGAUGAACAGAAACACUUCCUCCACCUCCGCUUCUUCUUCGUUGGUGUUCGCCAGCUUCUUCUUCAUUGGUGUAAUGCGCCCAUUUUUUCCAGUCGGCAGGCUGGUCGAUCAUCUAAAUGAGGAAUCGAAAUUUUAAAAAUGAGCGAUCCCGGAAGAAUCGGAACGUUAGCCCCGGUUUCCGUCGAUGCUCGUUGCCCAACCAUGUUUGUUUGGCAAGAACAUAUGUGUCAUGUAAUUAUGGGUGUCUACUAUAAAUGGAUAGUUAUAUUUUUUAUUUUUAUUUUACAUGAAAAAUAGCAUAAUUUGUAGUUCAGUUGCUAAUUUUGCCACUCAACUUUGCCCAGCAUACACCAAUCAGACUUGGGGCUGGGAAUGUACGGUACCUGAAUUGAAAUCAUCUGCUCAAAGGUUGUGGACACUUGGUGUAUUAUCACGAAGUCCCUGGUGUUGAGCAUCCUUGCUUGUCUUCGAAAAGGUUAAAAGCAAGGUCUUGUAAAUCGUGUUUGCAUUAGUUAAGCGUGCCUGCAAGAGAACACGAACAAUCAUGUUGUGUUAAAUAGUCAAAAGUGUAGCGGUACUUACUUACGAGGUUAUCAUCGGACAGUGGCGAUAUCUAGUCAUCUGUUUUCUAUGUGCUUUUAGUUUCAUGGUAAUGUGUUGGGUCCCAUGAUAAAAAGCCAAUAAAUCCUAGGCUGCAAGAAAAUAUUGUUUUAUUAUCAGCGGUUUGGAAACAACCUUGGAAGUGCUCUCAUUUUUCUGAAGGGAAGCCUGGAAUAAACGAUUCCUUCUUAAGGCAGACUGUAUGGAUUUAUUGUGAAGCCUUGUCACCUAUGAGAAAAGGUACACUUAAGAAACAAGAUGAACAUUUCUGUUUUACCUUUUUGGCACACAAAUACACACAACAGGUAUUUCUGCAGUCAAUAGACAUUUGGCACAUUUUGUUCAAUAAUUGUUUUGCAUGGCAAUGAUGAGACACUGAGAUUGGGUCUAAAUCAAACCUUUCUGUUCAAAAGAUAGUUUUCUUUUUUUGCCACAAAGUAAACAAUUAUUCAUGUCAUUAGAAAAGGAUAAGCACACUUUGAUCUACACAGAAUACACAGACAUCCACACAUACUUAAUUUGCAUUACACUCAUUUGCCUUUAGCGUGGAUGUGGUAAAUUGGUCACGGGCACGAGAAUAAACUGCAUUCAGUUUUCACAAGUUAUGACACACAAUGAACUGGCUUUGACUUCCUCGAUGGCCACACAAAACAAAGAACAUUGUCAUCAUGAAGAAAACUGCAUCGAUGCAUUGUAUUUUUAUCCUGUACUGCAUUCAUUGUGUAUUUUGCAGGGCCCUUUUUCUUGAAAUCUGAAUGUUCCAACUGUGCCCUCUGCUGACAAAAGACAAGAUCGAUCUUUAAAGUGUUAGCUACCUGGUGUCUACCUUUUCCAUACCAACCAUCCUUAUAGUUGACAUUUACGAUACAAUAUUUAGCACACAAACUGUAUGAUGUUGACUAGCAGCAGAUUUCUGGUCUUACGUUUCCUCUUCACUGCUUCCCUUGAUGUUUCUUUUGGUUAGUUUUACCCGAGAACUCAAAUCUAAAAUUCUUUUAAAGGUUGCCAGGGUCUUGACCCAAGUUACUCUAAAAUGUGACGUGGGGAGCCUCCACUCAGCAAAUAUAAUACAGUUGAGGCCUCCCCUACUCCCCCAAAAAUUUAAUUUCGGGAGCCUUUUUAGUCACUCACUGUACGAAGUAAAAAUCGGUUUACUUUGCACUAAUAUAACAAAAGUCAGCUUUAAAAAAGGUUUUCUUUAUUUUUCUCAAGCUGUUGCGCUUCCCCUUCUGGCACCUCACACUUUAAAAAACCCUGUUCUCUGUGUUUCAGAGGGGAGUGGAAAGUAAAGAAGCCACUGUUCCUCUCCUAAAUAAAUGUAAGGUAAAACCAUUGCAUAACCUUGAGAUUAAGUGUAAAAGGAAAAAAAAGGCUGUGGUUGCACGUUUGUUUGUGUGCUAUGUCGUUUCGACAGAAAACGUUGUCCUAUUGAAGUCAGUGCUUGUAAUACAAAUAUGUUGGGCUAAUGGGCUAAUGUCCUUGUGAAAAGAUAUUAAGACAAUUAAUGCACAGUGUUCUUCGCUUAUAGCGUCUCCUCUCGUCCAUCUCUUUUAAUCCAAACGUCUGGUAAAUCCGGCUUGCUAUUGGGUAAAAUGACAACGUCCUCAGUCUGACUGCUGCGACCUUUCCCACAGGUCUCAUAAACUGUCUCCCUGAGUGAGAGAUGUAAUGUGUCUCUCUUCCCAUUCAGGUGUCCCGGUUGUAACUGAGCUUCUCCGUAACUUUGCUGGGCAUUGGAAGGCCCUGGUUCAAUGUCGCUCAAACAUGUUUCAUUAGAAUCAUCCAGGAACUCGCAGGAGCUAAUGGACUGAGAGGAGGCCUGAAGGAGUUGCUCCUCUGUGGUUUGCUCAUCUGUGCACAGACAUGUCUGGUCAGUGGUCUCAAGGGUGUGGCUUAUUAUGGUCUCAUCUAUGCUAGAAGACGAGGAGAAUGUUUUAUUGGUCCAGUGUUGCAGUGUGCUAGAAGGAUCCUGACAAGAUUUACACAACCUCUUGCCGAGAGUCAUUUCAUCCUUUGCGGCACCCACAGAUCGCAUUGAGUUCUCUUUGUAUGGAGAAGAGGUCUGCAGAGCUACAGGUGCUUGGCACGUCUGCCCACUUUCCCCCGCCAAGGCUGCAUCACUCCCGCAGUAUUCAAUCUCAUCAGACAGCACAGAAGGCCUGUUGGACAACUUACUGGUGCAGGUGCUGUUCUCAAAGCUGUCACUCAGUCGAUAGGCUAAAGGUUGCAGCUCGUACUGUUCCGGCCCUCUGGUUCCCAUCUGGUUCCCUCUCUGCUGGUUCGAGUAGAGGUAGCCACCUGCUUCUUUUUCAUAAGCCCUCCUCAAUCUAGCUCUGUCAAAAGCCCCGUUAGUCGGCAGGGAGCCUUCUUCUGCCCCUGAGCAAGAAGACACCGUCCCGCCAGGCGGGUCUGACAAACAAGGGAGUGGAAUCCUGCCACAGUUCCUCUGAGGGCCGAAGAAGCAGCACAGUGACUGGAAAAAGAAAGUUGCAAAUCCACAUGCUACACAUUUCACCAAAAAUAAGAAAAUCCCCAAUUUUCUGAAGAGCAACACAGUCGAAGGUGACAUGAUGAGCCCAGUGCAGAAAAAAGCACCAGAAACUAUUGCUACGGGACAUCCCAUCCUCUUUGUGGAAUGUGCUACUUUUCCUAUUUUAUCAGAAUGAGGAGCAAAGCAGUAGGAAAUACAGUAGUUGGCCACGAAGUCAACAGACAGCCCGGCUGCAGAUGUGAUCAACAGAGCCUCAAUGCCACUAAGCUGCCACUCGAGGAGGACCAGGAGUCCAACGGUGACAAACACACUGCCACCCACAGCUACAGUCCCGUAAACACUUAAUGGAAUACUCCAGGUGGUUAUGAGAAGCAAAAUAAAUGUAAGCGACACAGAGGUGCCGGCUACUGCUAGUGUCUCCGAGCUCAAAGCUUGCUGUAGGUCAAAAAGAGACAGCUGGCUGAUGAACCAGCCUUUCUCCAGCCCUUUUGGAGCUCCUGAUAUUUCUUUGUUAAACCACGCCAGGGUUUCUCUGUAGAAAACACUCGUUUGGUUGAAGUUGAAGCUGUAGCUGUAUGUGGUUUUGAAUGCCAGCACCAGGGCGGCGAUGCGGCCAUCUGGCUGGAAGUACAGCCCUCCCCCUUUGGUCAGAUGGCCCUCAGCUGACCUCUCUGCCAGCAUCAUGCUCAAGCAGCUCUCAAAGACGCUAGGGGAGAAUGGGAAAGCGAUGUCGUUGCAGCAAAGAUUAAGUGCAUCGCGACUCUCUGAGCACCUUCUGAGAGAUACCCAGUGUAUGAGCUGGUCCACAAGACAGACAUUAUCUGUCAUCGCCUCUUUGUCUACAGCGGACGGGGCAGAGUAAAAGCUUUGGUUUUGCACUCGUCCGCACAGGUCCCUCAACCAAACCUGAGCAUCACGUUUGCUCAUUGUAAAGUCUGGAUCGAGAACCAAAGAGCCAUUGCUUUUUGGGUCAAAGUGAUUUCCGUUGUCCGUCGGUUUGACUCCCCAAACAAGCAUCAAUGUCACGGGCCUGUCUUCUCCAUUCGUCUGUCUCUCAAACAUGAACAUGUGACGAUAUUCGGCGUCGUAUCUCUCAAAUGGGUGACUGGAGCGGAAAAGCUGAGUGACGGUGCUGUCAAGGGUGGGGAGCUUCAUUCCCGGGUCAAAGCAGGACAUGUACGUGCCACCCGCAGCCAGCACUGCGAACCAGCACACCCAGAUGUAGCGAAACUUUACCACUCCACAAGGCAGGAUUUUGAGGAACACUAAAUUUGACAUGUCAGCAAGACCUCGUUUCAGUUCUCUUAGCUUCUGCCCAAAUGUGAAGAGGCACCUCUUGCGUGAGCUCGCAUCCCAAAAUCCGACAGGGUUUUUAGUGCAACAGGGCUUCCAUCCCUGCGGCGGCACGGAUGCAGAGGAUGCUUCUGUGUAGCGCUCAUGCAGGAUAAACGCGCACGGCAGCCACACCAACGCCAAAAAAGAGCUGACCAAGGAGGCGGUGCCGAGAUAAACGGAGAAACAUCUGAUAGCUGUGAUGCUGCUGAGAUAUCCAGAGAAAAAAGCCGCACUGGAGGUCAAUCCUGACGCUAGAAUCAAAUAGCCCAUUUCCUGCAAAACCCUGUGUACUCGCUUCCCCAAGGAGGCCGAGGGCUUCUGGGACCGCUGCAGAUUCCAGAAGUCGGCAAAGAUAAAAACUUGAUUGGAGCAGCUUCCCAGGAGAAUAAGCGCUGCCGUGAGGUUAACCAAGGGGAAGAAAGUCAAGCGAAAUGCUACUUUGUAGAGGAAAUAGGAAGUGAGGAGGGAUCCUGUGAUCGCUAGCACAGAUAACGCCACCAUGACGAGAGAGUGGAGAUAGAGGGUCAUUGUGAAGAGAAGGGAAAUGACUGCAAGGACCGGGAACACUGAGUCUCUUGCGAGAUAAUACUUGAACAGUGCCUGCUUGAUUCCAAGAUCCAUGCCAGUGACAGUCGUGUUGUUGUACGUUAGAUCUCUUCCCUUCAGGCUCCUCAUGUAGAUCUCCAUCAUGCGUUCCCCUUUGUUGACCGGUAGAAACAGAAGACUGUACUUGAGCGUUGGGAUCUGAUAUUCCGCUGUCUGUGGGCUGAGGAAGUCUUUAUCAACCAGGAAGUGUAGAAUUUGGAAAACUAUCCGAGAUUGUUUGCAGUGAGAUGGGACAGAAGAACAGCUGCCAUACUUGUGUGUCUGAAAACAGGCCUCCACCAGGUGGCCUUCGUGAUAGUAAGGAGCACACCUCCGGAGAAGAUUAAGAGCCUCCGAGACCUGAGGUGAAGAAAAAUAACCUUAAAGGCAAUGGUAAAAACAGCUUUUAAACCUGUUAAAAAUAUUGUUGGGACCGGGGAACUCAAGAUCCCUUGAUGGCGGUCUGUGUGUUUUUUGGAAAAGCUACCUGGUGUGAGGUUAGGCUUCGGCAGCAGGAGGCAUUAGUGAGGACUGCUAAGUAAUUUCCUAGAGACCAGCUUGGACAGCAGCCACUUCUGGACACCGCUUCAGCCUCAGCUCUCACAUGCUGCUGGCACACAUCCUGGAACUGAGCCUGGGAGCGUAUCUGCGACAGACGAGGGAAAUGUUUUUGAACACAUUCCCAAACAAAUUAACCAAUUACGUUGCAUUGGAGCCAACAUUUCAACACAGGAUGAUUACUAAGGAGCUGAAGAAGCAAGCAGAUGGGCGAGGACUAAAGGUGGCGUGGAAGCAUGAGUAUAGAUCAGAGCGUACUCUCGAUUGUUCCAUCUCACACAUGGCGUGGAUGGCCUUCAGGCUCCAGAGACUGGCUGAGUUUUCUGAGCGAAAUACCAGCUGGGCUAAACGCUGGCCUGUGCAGAGGAGACAGAUGGAGUCAACAUACAAUAGGGCCACCUGUGACUCAUCCUUUCUUCUAGCAUGUGAAACAACUCUGUAUUUGACUCUUCAUUCAGUCUAUUUGUGGUUCAAAGAACAAUACAAUGUCAGCGAUGCAAGGUUGAGCUACAACAGCAUUAUAUUUAUAUUCAUAAUGUAGUGUAGUGUUGAAUCGAUUAUCUAUCAUAGCUGAUCUUCCAAUGAUUUGUGUGACGUACUAAUCAAGACUGAUUUACCUGGGGCAUCACAUAGGAAUGACUCUGAAGUCGAGUCUGUGGCUAGCAUCCUCUUCAAUCGUAGUCCUGAGGUGUUGUGGAUGCCUUCUCCUUCAGGAGCAGUGCUACAAGUGACGCAGACAAAACUGUAUUGGUGAUAGUGUGAAAAUGCUGUGGAAAAAGGUCAUUUAAAGUGAUGACCUAAGACUUUAGUGCAGUGCUGAUGUCGAAAGCAUGCCUUCCGCCCAAACUCUCCACUGACCUUUGAGUGAGCUGCUGUGGCAACAGGGACAAUGCUUUCCCUGGGCCAGUGUUCUCCUGCAGCUUGGACAAGCUGGACUGGCGAAUGCCGAUGUCUGUCCCUCGUGGCUCAAAGCCCUGAGGAGACCACACGCACAUGGACAAAAAUCAAAACAAAAGACUGUGUGGAUGCUAUAUAUUGCCUUAUAUUAAGACUUGAAAAGCAGUCCAUCUAUGGUUUGUCUCCAAAACUCAUACUAGUACAUAGUGGAAUAAUUAAUUAGCCUCCUGUAGGAACACCUUUUUGAUGUUUUUGAUGAAAGUGAGUGUAAUCUGAUCUAAUUCAGUGCAUCUUAUGAUGAGACUGAAGUCCUGAUGCAAAUGUUAAUUAACACUGGGCCGAGGGUGGUCUUAUUUACAAUUCCAAACCGCAGUAUGAGUUCAAUUUUUGCAAACAAUAUACUUGAGUGUAUAAAAGUGGAGUGGUUGUUAUUAUUUCUUUUUUUAAUCAUUUAAAGCGGUGGUCCACAACCUUUUUGGACCCACGGCCCGGCUCGUGUUCCCACACAUCUCCGCGGACCGGAGGUGGUGGUGGUGGUGGUGGUGGUGGUAUAGCUAUGUAAUUGAUCUCAUUUAGUAUGUAUUGUGUAAAACUAAGACAGCAACAACAUCAAAUUAAAAGCACAAAGUGAAUACAGACCCACCAUCCACCACUAUAAGCUUGGACUUUGUUUUUCAGAGAGAAGAUGAUAGCGCCGCUGCUUGAUGUGUGUGCUAACAGUGCUAGCAUGAAUUACCUUGAAGCUGUGCACACAACAAAUAUACAUAUUAGCGCUCAAUAACGUCAUCAAACUUUACCUUUAUGCAUUCCCACAGAGUAUCAGCAUUUGGGAGCAAAUAUGAAGUGAAAGAAAAACGAUAAAAAUACAGUAUAGUUGACAAUCUGUGCAGAGUGGACGAAGGCUAGCGCACGUACGAUGGUGCGUUCAAGGACUGUCAAAGUGGGACACUUGCAACAAACAUAAACAUGCAAAAACUUCAAACUUUAUUAUUUUUUUGAAUAAAAUAAUGGCCCAUAUUUUUAAAAUUGAUAUGUAUUUACUUAAAAUUGUAUUUAGUUAUUUACAAAAGUAUUUUUUUGUGUGAAUUUUUUUUAUCAUUGUGCCUGAAAGGUUUCUCGCCCCAGUUCAGCUCCGCCCACGGACUAAAGUCACACAAAAGUCGGAACCUAGUCCUCCCAUGAAACUGCAAGACUCCAGCUCAGUGGGCUUUGAUACAUCAGUGUAUUUGGCUUUUUGUUCGGCUUUUUGGUGUCGUUUUUGUCACAAAAAGGACAAAUAUGACAACCACAGAACUGCAAAUGGAUGUUGCGAUGAUAGAAAGCAUUACAAACUAUACUUGGCUAUCCUGGCUGCUCAGUACAACAUGGCAACAACAGUAAUAAAAGAACAGUGUAUGCUGUGAAGGGAUUGGCAGAAUCGUCCUACACUUUCACUCGAACUCAACAAAAGGUGAGUACACGUUUUGUAGUUUUUACAAGUCACACCUCACCUCCUAACUUCUUUUUACACUCGCAUGGCAGUCCACGUUCACGAGUACGAUGCAUGCAAGAUUUGAUAACAGACGACUAGUAAGAAAUACUCCCUCUCUAUGUUGAUACGCUACUACAACGACAGGAGUACUUCACAAGCACACUCGCCAGCAGAGGCUCCGAGAAGUCAGGCAGUGGACCGAUGAAGAGGCCAGCCAGUGAACAUCCGAGGAGCAGUAAGGCACAUCCCACAAGAACCUCUAGCGGGUAUUCCACCAGCAGCUGGGAGUAACUGUC